GUAGCUUCCCUUCCUUAGAAAUACGCAUUGUUUGAAAAUGGCCGACAACGAUCCUAAAUUUUCGUUCAUGCCUCUUGCCAAGUCGUUUAGUUCACUAGACGGCAAAGAAGUGCAGGAAUUAUUCAUGAAAUGGUCUAUGAAGGGGAGACUGAAAGCAAAGAUGUUCACCUUUGACCAAUGCUUUCAGGCAUAUGAAAAAGACAAGUUUGGACAGGACUUUUUUAACAACUCAGAAGUAGUGAAUGCUUUGGAGGUGCCAUCUAAUUCAGGGAAAUACAACUCACUCGGAACAAAAGCCAGCAAAGUCAAAGUGACAAGCGUUCCCUGCUCAGUGCUCUCCAUGAGUUUCUUUGACAAACUGUGUGAGGGUGAAAUCGCUCGUGAAUCCGGAGACGUCAAAAAAUGUUUUGAUGAGUUUAUUGGAGAUUUCACGAUAAGCGACAAUUUAAGACAGAUGUUGUUGAAUGAGGACUCUGACGUGUUUUGCGAGUUCAACGAGAAAGAGAGAGAAGAGUUCCUGUUCCUGCUGUUCUCCCACAUCUGUUUGGGAGGCCGGCUGUGUCAAUAUGAAGAUAACAUCCAGCCAUACCUCGAAGUCACAAAGGCUCUCUACAAAGAUUUGAUAAGUGUUCAGAAAGACCCAGAGACGAAAGCUUUGUCCAUCCUUUCACAUGUGUUCAAAGUCUGCUGCUAU